GGGAGAGGGCGGGACUGUGAGCAGACGUGCUUAAAUAUGCAGCAGGUGAGGCUGGAACACCACUGCCAUUCCUCACCUCACCAUCCAAGAACAGUAAGCCCGCAAAGAUGAUUAAAACGUCACUGUCACUACUUUUGGUGCUCGUGGCCGCGUCUUUUACAUUUGGCAAAUACACCCCAAAGACGGGCAAGAGGAAUCCUCAGACUCUGUCCAGAGGAUGGGGUGAUCAGCUGAUCUGGGCUCAGACAUAUGAGGAAGCACUUUACUGGGCGAGGUCAAGGAACAAGCCUUUGAUGGUCCUCUUUCACCUGGAGGACUGUCCUCACUCCCAAGCGCUGAAGAAAGUGUUCGCAGAGGACAAUGAGCUUCAAAAAAUCCUUGAUGAGGACUUUGUUGUACUCAACUUGAUGUAUGAAACCACAGACAAACAUCUCUCCCCAGAUGGACAGUAUGUUCCCAGAAUCAUUUUUGUUGACCCCUCAAUGACGGUGAGAGCUGACAUCACCGGUCGCUAUGCUAACCGCUUGUAUGCCUACGAGCCAACUGACCUCAAACUCUUGAUCAGCAACAUGCAGAAGGCCAAGAAACUCCUCAAGUCGGAGCUUUGAAUGUGGGGAUGUUGCCCCUAACAUGCUGUCGGUGCCUGUGAAAGAUGACACUAAAUUCCUAUUCUUUAUUACUGUAAUAAAUAUGAACGCUUAAGUGUUUCUUUAUUGUUUAACU